CUCGUAACAAUGAUUUUUAUUUACUAAGAUCGAAUAAUGUUUUUUGAUGAGAGGUCUGAUGAGUUGUAAACGUGCAUAUAGUGAUACAAGAAUAAAUAUUUUUAGAACAAGUUUUAUAAAUUAAAUCGGUGUUUUAGAAGCAGGAAAGAAACUUUUUGUUUAAAAGAGAGACGCAUCUUUUUUUGUUUAUUUCUAUACUUUUAUACAAUCAAUUAGUUGAUGAAUCCUGUUAAUGUUACCUGAAUCUUGUGGAUUUACCAGUUUCUCAAACUGUUCUGCUUUUCUUCGUUAACCCUGCCGAAAAUCUUUUUCAAAACCAAACGAAGCAAGAAAAUAAACUUAUCCAUAAUGCCUGUGAAGGAUUUCUUCAGAAAAAUGCAGCCCGUACAGCUUUACGUGGUUCUCAUUUUGACUAUUUUGUUUUUCAUAACUGAGUUAAUUGUAAGCCACCUCACGCAUGCACUGACCCUGCUUAUGGACUCUUACCACAUGCUUUGUAAUAUAUUAGCAUUGGCUGGGUGUAUUACCACGAUCAAGUACAGUGAUACCAGUGCACAAGCCUCAGACCGAGUUGAAGACCAACAAAAAAAUGAAAGUACCACUACCAUUGGCGAAGAAAUAACUCUAAAAACAGAAUGCCAAGAUAGGAAAGGCAAAAAGGAUUCUCAGAGCAAACAGGAAAGAAAGCUAAGAAAUACUUUCGGAUGGACAAGAAUUGAUAUAAUGAGCAUGCUCAUAUGCUGUGUUUUUUUAGCUUCAUUUUGCUUUAGCAUUUAUAUUGAAGCGUUGCAAACUUUAUUUCAUAUUGACCAUCAAGACGCCAUGCAUCAUCCUGUAUCUGUUCUAUGUAUAGGUUCCGCAGGUCUGCUACUUAACGGCCUAUGCUACCUUCUAAUAGGAGGUUUUACGUUCCACCAAGGAAGCUUUCUCUAUGUCACUGAAACUGGAGAUGUAGUUCUUAAUAAAAUAGUAGUCAAUGAUUCGGUAAAAAUGGGCGCAAGACGACUUUCAAGAACUGGACGCAUUUUUUCUUCACCGCCUAAUAAACGUCAAGGCAUAUGGGAAAUGAUUAGAGAUAUCAUUGGUUGCACUGUGGUCAUCAUUUGCUCCAUUGCGGUCAUAUUUACUGAUAAAGAACACCCGGAAAUAUCAAAAUAUAUAGACCCUAUGUUUUCACUACUUUCAGCUACGUGUAUUAUGUUCUUAAGCUAUCCCUACAUGAAAGAGAGUUGCAUGAUCCUUUUGCAAACUAUGCCAGAUACAAUCAAUAUUAACACGAUGAAAAAGGAAUUAGUAAAUAAUUUUCCCGAUAUUAUUAAUGUCCACGACUUUCAUAUUUGGCAACUCACAGCAUCAAAAGUAAUAUCUACUGUGCAUAUUAUUUUUGAAAAUCCAAAAAUAUACCGUAAUAUUAUGGAAGACAUUAAAGAAUUUUUCCAAGAAAAUGGAGUGACUCAAGUGACAAUACAGCCUGAAUUUUUCAACAGAAGUAUCAGCACAGAGAGCUUAAUUUCUGCGAAGCUUCCUCCAAUGUGCCUCGUUAGCUGUCAAGGUGAAAUGUGCAAGUUAAAUCAUUGUUGUCCAAGUUAUGAGGACCUAAGAUUAUUCAGAACCUCUUCGAAAGAUGUACUUCCUAAGCCGGAACCCGCCACACCGGUAUUAAAAUCAGUACGUAUUAUAGACGAGGAGCUUCAUUCCCUCAGAAGUUCUAUAAGUACAUACAGUAUUAACAGCUUGGAAAGUACUCAUGAACUUCACAAGUCGAUUAGUGGUAAGAUUAGCGAAGUACAUAUGAUUAAAGAAGAAGAUGCAGUUAUUGUCAAUCAUAAAAAAGUUGAAGCUAAUGUGAUAAUCAGUAAGACAAAUGAGAUCGAAGAUUACUCAUCGGUUGUGAAUCAAGAUACUGAAGAACUUGUUAUAAAAAGUAAUGAAAGCAGUGACCUAUAAUAUUAUAAGAUUAAUAUUAAUCAAUGAGAUAACAGAUAAAGGCUGUGUCAUUUGUUAUAUUUGAUAGUUGUAUAAGAAAUGUGCCUCGCAAACCAUCGAAUAUCGAUAUGUUAGAUUAGGCAUAACAGAACAUAAAUAGGUAUAAAAGGAACUGUGAUUUAAGAAAAUAGACAUAGGGUUAGGUGUCAACAAGCCACGUUGAUGCAAUUUUUAUAUGUAUUGUAUUAAUUGUGUAAUAUUGACGUAUAUAAAUAUAGUAAAAUUAACGGAAAA